AUGCCAGACCCCAUCGUCUUGUCUACAACUGCACUGCUUCCAUUGCCUUGUCCUUCAGUAGAGUCCAGGAUGUCUCCACAGACACAGAAAGCACUUGUGGUUACCGAAAUCGGCAAGCCAAUCACCCUGGUCACAGACUGGCCUGUCCCGCAGCCUGGUCAAGGCCAAGUCCAAGUCCGAGUCAUCGUUGCCGGCACAAAUCCUCAUGACCAGAAAGCCCGAGAUUUUGGCCUUUUCAUCAAAGACGGCCUCCCCGCCAUCCUGACAAACGAUGUCGUUGGCGAAGUUACCGCCCUUGGUGAAGGCGUUACCAAGUACUCGCUUGGCGACCAUGUCUUCGCCCAGUCGAAUUUCGCGCCAGGGUGGGCGCAGUCUGGACUCCAGGAAUACGCGAUCCUCGACGCAGACUAUAGUGCCAAGGUACCAGAGGGACUCAGUGAUGAUGAUGCGGCAACACUUCCGUGCAACACUCUGGCUCCGGCCAUCGCCAUGUUUCAUGAGUCAAAUCUAGGCUUUCCAGCUCCCUGGACGCCCGAGGCCUCGCAUUUCGACUACAAGAGCAUAACGCUCCUAAUCCUUGGUGGCGGCAGCAAUUGUGGCAAGCUCGGCGUACAGUUUGCCGCGCUUGUGGGUAUUGGACGAAUUAUCGUCGUGGGCGGAGACGAAGCGACGUUGAAAUCGUACGGCGCUACACACAUCAUCGACCGCCAUGGCGCACCAGAGGAUGUUACCGCAAAGAUUCGCGAGAUCGUGGGAGAUGACCUAAUCUACGCGUUCGACGCGAUCAACCCAGCUCCUACUCAGGCCAUUGGGAUCAAUGCCUUGUCGACCACGAAAAGGGGCAAAUUUGCGCGACUUUUACCGAAUGCUCCGGUUGAUGAAUCGCAGGUUAAGCCGAAGAAAAAGGGAUACGAGCUGAUUAACAUCUUUGGCAGUUCGCACGCAAAGCCUGAAUGGGGGUUGCAGUUCUGGCAAAACUUGCCCAGGUAUCUGAUCGAGAAGAAAAUCCAGCCGACGCAUUAUACGGUGGUUAAGGGAUUAAAUGCGGACAAGGUGAAUGAGGUGCUGGAUGCCUACAGGGAUGGCAAGAGGGUGGUGAAGCCACAUGUCCAUGUCAGAGAGUAA